GAAGAAUAAACAUUUAUUAGAUUAUCCUAUGUUUCCAGUCCUAAAGCUACUGGUGUUGGAAAUUUGGGGUCUGCCGUUAGCGUGGUUCCCCCAUUGCCCAUGUGUUUUAGAAAAGUACUUUCCAGAUGUGCUUAUGAGCCCCAACAGAAAAAGUACUCCGCUUUUUCGUGUGCUGAACUUCGAGCUUUUCAUUAAACCAAACAAAUUUGUUAUGUUAUUCGGAUUGGUCUCCUUCACUGGCUGUCUCGCUUAUUUUGCGCAUAUGUGGAGGACCAAUCCAAUAAAUACAGAGGCUCGAAACCCUGCUCUCGUCUUAAACAAACGUUCGAAUUGGGAUUGAAAUCUGCAUUCUAUGCCGCUCUUUAACACCUCUUUCUUCAUUUUGCCGGUUCUCCCACCUAGUGUAGACGCUGAACUUUGUGAUAACCUUACCGUUAGUGAUGACCGUGUGAAGAUUGCAGAGGCAGAAGCCGCGUUUGAAGAGUUUGAAGCCAAGUUAUCCGCCCAGCUUUAUCGCCAUCUUUCUCCACCCGGUAGGCGCUUACAAAGCUUUCCAUCUUCCGUUGAUGAUCUGGUAGCGACAACUGGUUGUAGAACGCAACGGCCAACGGCUGGCCGCGGCAAUGUACAAUCUCCACUGUACAGUAUUGUUAACAGUCUUAAUUUGGAUUCAGACCUGAAUGACAUGGAUUUGUCCAGCACCGCCGCCUUGGGAUCCCGAGCUUCCGGUAGCAGGCUUCCACGUCGAGUGGUCACUUCUCGAUUGUCAACUUCAGAGACCCCUGCUAAUCAUGGGUUCAAUCCUCCUGCGCCAGGAUUGUACACUGAUGAGCGAUCUGCUGCAGUCUCACAAAUGGCGACUUUAACCGGGGAUGACCCGCUUAAUUCCUUUGCUGAGUUGGCCGCUGCCUCUUUUUCCGAACCAAGAUUGAACGCACCAAUAGGUGCAACUGAUAGUAGCAAUAAUCUUUUAGCAGAAGAAUAUGUGAUUGAGCCUUCUGUAACUUGAAGAGGUAAACCUAGCACACCUCGCAUUCUGGCUCCCAUUGAUGUUCACAAUUAUACAGUCGAAAUUAAAGGCUUCCCGUUUGCUGUUUUUCGUGUACAUGGAAAUACAACCUUCCUUGUAUCGUUUUAUUUUGUAUCACACGUAUUAUGUCGUGCACUCAAUUUUGCUACUUAUGCAAUCUUCUGCAAGCAAAUUUCGGGCGUCUGCCUGCGGUUUCAACGAUUAAGUUUGAUCGUGCUGAAAA